AUGCAGGGCCUCUCCGGUUGCUGGAUGGACUCUGGGGGCUCAGAGCCGGGGAAGCAGGACCCAGCAGAGGCAGGGGCGGAGCAGGAGCUCAGGUGGAUGGAGCUGGGCUCCGAGGAGGCCCCAGGAGCAGGGACAGAGGGGCCAGUCGCCCCACAUUUCCGGGGGCACCUGCUGCAGGCCGUGUGGAGGGGUCACCUGGGCCUGAUAACACAGCUGCUGCGGCAAGGGGCCAGUGUGGAGGAGAGGACAUGGAGGUGCUGCUUGACCACGGGGCAGACCCAAGCCUCAAGGACAGGCACAGCCGCUCUGCACUCCACAGGGCUGCUGCUGGUGGACACCUGCCUGCUGUCCAGCUCCUGGCAGCCUGGGGAGCUGAGGUGGAUGCUCGAGACUCACUGGGCCUGACACCCCUGCACCACGCUGCUCGGGGAGGCCAUGUGGAAGUUGCCAGCCACCUCCUGGACAGGGGUGCGCAGGUCAACGCUGCAGGCUGGCUCCACAAGACACCACUGCACCUCGCCACGGAGCAGGGCCAUGGCCCCACCACAGAGCUUUUGCUAA